AGUGCAUGUAUUUGCAAGUCGUUGUUAAGUUUGUAUUGAUCAUAUUGAUAUAACAUCUUUAUCAGCAACAAAUUUUAUCGUUUUGUAAAGAUAUUUGAAUGUGAUGUUCAAAUUUAUCGGGCAUGUUUAGGGAUAUUUGACUUUUUUAGUGUUUGGGAGUUUUCGAAACAAAAAGUUCCCAAAUCUGUCACUAGUCUAGAAAAUCUCAUUUUAGCCUUUACAACUUUAGAACUUUACAUUAAAACAAGGUAAUGGUGCUAUGAAACUAAUAUAUUAAGAGGUCUUAUUAUUAUUAUUGUCGCCAUUGCUACAUUCGCAAUCCUGGCCGCGCAUGCGCUUUAAAUGCUCAUUUUCUUAAGUUAAGUCUUGCAUGAACCCACCAUUUUAUAGAUAAUACGCUAAAAAUGUCCAGUUCAGGGUUUAAGAACCGUUAUAAGAACACUGCAGUGGACAGUGUGGAAUUGAGGAGACGCAGGGAGGAGGAAGGAGUACAGCUGAGGAAGUUGAAGCGAGAUCAACAGUUGAAUAAACGAAGGAACGUACAGGUGAAUCAACUUCUGCCUGAAGAUGAACCAUCAGAGUUUGACCUCAGUGGUGAUGUACCUUCACCAGCUUCAGCAGGUGUUACCCCAGACAUGGUUGCAGAUCUCUACAGUUCAGAUCCAGAGCUUCAACUGGCUGCAACACAGAAAUUUAGGAAGAUUCUUAGCAGGGAACCAAACCCAGCAAUAGAUGAGGUUAUACAGACGGGGAUUGUGCCUAGAUUUGUUGAAUUUUUACAGAAUACUCAAAAUUGUACAUUACAGUUUGAAGCAGCAUGGGCUUUGACAAACAUAGCAUCAGGAACUUCACAACAGACGAGAAUGGUCGUAGAAGCAGGGGCAGUUCCAAUAUUCAUAGCUCUUUUAGGAAGUUCAUAUGAAGAUGUUCAGGAACAAGCUGUUUGGGCAUUGGGUAAUAUUGCUGGAGAUUCACCAGUAUGCAGAGAUUUUGUCUUAGAAUCAGGAAUAUUAGUACCUCUGCUACAACUAGUUAGCAAAUCAAUAAGAUUGACAAUGACUAGAAAUGCAGUCUGGGCCAUUUCGAAUCUAUGUAGGGGGAAGAACCCGCCUCCAGAUUUUGCAAAAGUUUCACCCUGCUUGCCUGUUUUGGCUAGAUUUUUACUGCACACUGAUGCUGAUGUGUUGUCAGACACUUGCUGGGCUCUCAGCUAUCUGUCAGAUGGACCAAAUGAAAAGAUUCAGGUGGUCGUAGAUGCAGGCGUGUGUCGCCGCUUAGUGGAACUUUUGAUGGCGCAGCAACCAAACGUAGUAUCUGCGGCACUACGGGCGGUCGGCAACAUAGUCACUGGCGACGAUGUGCAGACGCAGGUGGUACUGAACUGUUCAGCACUGCCGUGUCUGUUGCAUCUACUGUCGUCUACUAAGGAGAGCGUGCGCAAAGAAGCAUGCUGGACCAUAAGUAAUAUUACAGCGGGCAACCGACAGCAGAUCCAGGCUGUGAUAGACGCUAACAUCUUCCCAGUCCUGAUCGAGAUCCUGAGCGAAGCCGAGUUCAAAACGCGGAAAGAGGCCGCGUGGGCCAUCACGAACGCCACCAGUGGCGGCACCCCCGACCAGAUUCGUUACCUGGUGUCCCAGGGUUGCAUCGGCCCCCUUUCUGAUCUUCUCACGGUUAUGGACGCCAAGAUUGUGCAGGUGGCGCUGAAUGGGCUGGAGAAUAUACUGAAGGUGGGCGAACAGGAUGCUAAGUUGCAUAAUAAACGUAUCAAUCCGUAUGCGCGGCUCAUCGAGGAUUGUUUUGGUCUAGACAAGAUAGAAUUUCUCCAGGCGCACGAAAACAUGGAAAUCUACCAGAAGUCGUUCGACAUCAUCGAUCACUUUUUCAGCACAGAAGAGGAGGAGGACGCUAACCUUGCCCCCUCUAUUGACACAGACAGUCAACAGUAUCAAUUUAGCGCCGAUCAGUCGGUCCCUAUGGGUGGAUUCCAGUUUUAUUAAAUCAACCGUCUGUCACAUCGUCUCUACGUGUGAGCUCCAAUUUUUUAAACAGACUUUCUCUUUUUUGAAUGCAGGGAAACUAUGUGAAAAUACCUUGUAUGAAUUUGCAUCAACUGUAUGGUUGUAGGCACUAUCAAAGUUGGUGCCAUGUAAAUAUUGAACAACUUUAGUGCAUUUCGCAUGCUAGGUCGCAUUUGCCAUGCGCUACGAAUUUCCCCUGUACCCACAAAAUCCUGUCCGGCACAUGUAACCUAAUCUCUUACCGCCACACUGCUCGAGCUGGCCUGCAUAGCAUGACUGACGUUGCCAGAUGGUGGAUACUUUCAGUAAGGGAGGGAAGAAAUAUCUAGAACACAGCAUUCUUAAAUGGGUGGGACUAUGUACUAAUUGUAUGAUCCACUUAAUUCUUUUUUGUGUUGUUGUGUCAGUUUUUUUCAAUAAUAUUUUUUUUAUGAACUGAUGGCAACGUUGCGUGUGAAUUGCAGUCAACCUACUUGAGGCCAUUUUUUAGUUUAGUAAUUUGGAGCAGCGGAAGUUUGUAUUUUUUUAGACUUGUCCGAGUUUAAACGGUUCAAGCGUCAAAUUUUUGUCGCUUGGUGUUUUUCGGGCGCCAAGCUUGGCUUUCUGCAUAUUUUCAUAGUAUUGAUACAGACCCUUUGCGAAAAAUUUGACGAAAAUAAUCGAAAGCCGUUUAAGGCGGCGUCCUAAUUGGCAGCGAUCGAACGAUCAAAGUGGUCGUGCGAUGACCCAACAGGUGUCCUAAUAAACCGCGCGAUGUCCAUCGUGCGAUCCCGUCGUACGAUGGUAUCGCACCAUCACAUGCCAUUUUAAUAAUGGCUCUUUACAGAUAGGCACAGUUUUUGCUGUCGGGCAAUAUUGAUUUGAAGAUUGCAAAUGACAUUGAAAAAAAGAAACGUAGACCACAUAGUACAGAUCCAGGAAUGUGCGCGGUGAAUUUUUCAACCAUUAUUUUGAUGUACGAAAUAAGACUUUUACAAUUAUUUGUCCAUGUCAAAAGAAACAUUCAACUACAUCUGCAAUGGAAAUUCGUAGCGAUUGCAGUAAAAGAGUGACCAACUUUAAAAAACCCAUUAGUGUGGAAGACAGAUUGGUAUUAACAAUCAGGUAAGUUUUUCAUUUAUAUUAUAUGUGUUACGUAGGCCGAUUUAAUUUCGCCAUUUCACUAAAUAGUCUUGCAUUCAUUAUAUUUAUUUUUUACAUUUCGUUCUGUACGUAGUAAUUACGUCGGUUUAAUGCGCAACAGAGUACAUAAAACACUACUUAUGCCAGCAAAAUUACGUCGAAUUUUAAAUUGUAGUUUAGUAGUUAGUGUAGUUUUCCUCAUCGAUACAUGUUUCGUAGAAUUGCCGGGUCUGUGUCGGUGAUGUCAGUGAUGAGGAUGCGUGCACUGGUGGAGGUAUGAUUGGCAUGGAAGAGUUGGAAGGGGGUGAUGACAUAGCUAGAGCGUGCACUGGUGGGGGUAUGAUUGACAUUGACAUGGUAGAUGAGUUGGAAGGGGGCGAUGGCAUAGCUAGAGAAAUUUCGUCUGCUAUUGUAUUCUGUAAUUUACUUUUUAAUUUUUGUACUGGAUUCAAAUAUUUAAAAUAUGGAUCUAGCGAUUUCAAAAAUAGGAUAUCUUCAUCCUCAGCUUCUUUGUCUUUCUCUUUAAUCACUUUAAUUUUGUUUUCUUCGAUUUGGAUCAUUUGACGCUGAUAUUCGGUUAAAUUUGAUUGAUUUUGUUUGCGUUUUCUUUGUUGAGACCCAGUUUGUGAUACACUAUCCAAAGCUUCAGUGGACAAAUCUCUCGUUCUCUGUGUAAUUGACGAAGCACUAGUAGACAGUGGUUCCUCAUCAGAAGUUACAAAAUCGGAUCUAUUAGACAAUGCAGUAGAAUUUUCUUCAUCAGGCAACUGAAGAUUCUGCUCUGAUCUUGAAGUGGUUGGUAGGCUGGCAUCAUUAUCAUUAUUUCCAGUUUCUUGAUGAACACUAUUAUAUUCGGUUAGUCGAGGCAUUGAAACAUCUUUUAAAAAUAACAUAUUUUGGUAAUAGGUUCACUUUCCCGAGUAAUCUUGUUCAUUUGGGCUUCCUGGAUCUCCAGAGCGUGGUUUACGAACUUUCUUCAAUUCUUUUAGAAAGACGUCCCUUAAGUGUCGCCACCUAGUUUUAACUUCUUUUUCUGUAAUAAAAAACAAUAUUUUUUUAAUUCAACGUGUUAUAAAUUACAGGUACUUAACAACAGGAAAACCUUUUCGGAAGUUAGCAGUGCCAUUUCGCAUUUCAAAAACCGCAAUUGCAAGUAUCGUGAUGGAGGUUUGCAGUGCAAUUUGGAAUAAUUUUAACAAAAUGCACAUGAAAUUUCCAAGUAUCCAAGAUUUUAGGGAAAUAGCAAAUUCAUUUUCAAAUAAAAAUAAAUUUCCACAUUGCUGUGGAAAUCUGGACGGAAAACACAUUCGUGUCGUAAAGCCACAACUUUCUGGAAGCAUGUAUUUUAACUACAAACAAUAUUACUCAAUUGUUUUAUUAGCGGUCUCCGAUUCAGAUAACACAUUUCGCAUCCUUAACGUAGGUGCAUACGGAAAAGAUAGUGAUGGAGGCGUUCUCAGCAAUUCUCAUUUUUUCAAGAACUUAACAGUGGAAAUAUUCAAUUACCACCUGAGGAACGAUUACCUAAUAGUAAUAUUGUGGCACCAUAUGUAUUUUUAGGGGACGAGGCUUUUCCUUUGAAAACAUUCUUAAUGAGGCCUUAUCCAAGACAACAAGCAACAGAGAAUGCAGAUAAAUCAAGUUUUAAUUACAAAUUGUCUACUACAAGGGUAGGGAUAGAAUGUACCUUUGGAAUCACUGCUAGUAAAUUUAGAAUUCUUUUAAAAAGCAUCGAAACAUCUUUUGAUAAUGCAAUUAAAAUUGUGAAGGCUGUCUGUCGAUUGGACAAUAUUGUAAUACAGAGAGAUACAAGAGAACCGCAAUUAUCUAUGACAACAAAUCAAUUCAAUAACAAUUUUGAAAGACUUCCACGUAAUAGAGUUAAUAAUCGUGCUGCAAUAACAGCAAUUAACGCUAGAGAAUUAUUCACCACAUAUUUUUCAGCCAAUCCUAAUUAAUGGCUCUAUAUUGUAUUAUACCUCUUGCUGUUAACUCUGGUUCUGAUUAAAACUAAGCUUACAUUACUAUCUACUUACUUGUUUUAUUUACGUUCCUCGCAAUUAUACUUUAGGUCCAGUCCGAAGACAUCACUUUGUUUAUUUACUAUGUAGUCCGGCCCUGGAGUACUAGCCGCACACCAAGUUAAAAGACAAGAGAUCCCCGCUCCCGUCCCGUCGCGCCCCGGUCUUGCACGUUGAGUCAUUCGGUUUUUGGUGUUACAGCCAUACGGUCGCCCGACUUGUUUGUGCGUUAGGAAACACGUAAAAUUCGCGAUUCCUUUUCAAAUCGGUUUAGUGCUUGGUGAGUAGGUUGGUAAGUAUGUACAACAAUGGGUUGUUUUGUUGCUCAUCUAGUAGCACGUUAUAUAUAAUAUAAGAUAUACUUAGCAGAAAACCAUGGAAGAAAAACCUGGCGGCAGGGACGGGAAUAUGGAGGUUAAUUCUCCCAGUUCCUUGAGGAGUCUUAUCAGGGAAAUUUUACACCAGGAACUUGAGGGUAGAAGCAGCAGGUCGAGGUCUCGUGCCGAUUCGCCCCAUUACUUUAGGCGUUCUCGUUCUCGGCUGAGCCGUAGACGUUCAAGGUCCAGGGAUGUUCCGACAUGCACAAUUGUGCAUAUUAUGCACAAUUUUACGAACAUAUGCACAACAUGCAUCCCCCACACAAAAUAUGCACAAUCGCCAAUAAAUAAAGUGCAGCGUCAGGUAGGCCUGGCUGGUCGUUCCCCGUGCGGACCGGAAGCUCAGGUACUGACAGGGCCGGAUUUGGGAGCGGCGACAAUAACGCAAAACAGUAUGGACGAUGUUUUGAUACUUGACGAUGCCGAUUGUAUGCCAUUAUCAGAGGACACAUUAAAUAUUCUGGGUGCCGAUCCUGAAAAGGCUAAUACGUCUAGUUUUAAACUUCACGGUGCCCUAGCCUCCAGGUGGUCCCAUAUUUUGGCAAACGGGCUAUCCGCCGAAGAUAUUUCUAUCCUUAGCGAAAAACAAAAUGUGCCGUCUAAUUUCGCUUUAUUACGUCCUCCAAAAGUAAAUCCCGAAGUGAAAGCUAUUCUAUACAUUUAACUAGGGAUCCCACUCACUCCGGGUACCAAUUGCACAUUGGUAACGGACUAACCACCCUGGGAAAAGCACUCAACGGUAUAUUGAAAGACGAACCCAGCAUCCCUAAAGACAUUACACCAGGAACUUGAGGGUAGAAGCAGCAGGUCGAGGUCUCAUGCCGAUUCGCCCCAUUACUUUAGGCGUUCUCGUUCUCGGCUGAGCCGUAGACGUUCAAGGUCCGGGGAUGUUCCGACAUUCACAAUUUUACGAACAUAUGCACAACAUGCACCCCCCCACACAAAAUUAGCCCAGUACUCUAACAAAUCAGUUAAAGAACUGACUGAAAAUACCAUACCUGGUGAAAUUUUGUUUGGGCCAGAUUUAGGUGAACGAGCAAAAAAUUGAAAUCUUUGGAAAAGGCAGGACCUUAAGUUUGCCUUCUAACCCCUCACGCAUUAGCCUUCAAUCAUUCCGAAAGAAGAGGGGGGCGGGCAGCUCGUCCAAGAAUGCAGGACCUUCAAACAGGUAUCGCCCGCCUUACCGCAAGAGGGAGGCGAGGCAAUACAAGGGCCAUUCCUCGAAACAGUUUCCUCAGAACAGACAACAGGAAACGCUGAAGGUAAAACAAUUUCCGUUUGCUGGCCGUUUACAGUUUUAUUUGGACUCUUGGUCCAAACUAACCUCAAAUUUGACAGUCUUAUCCUGGAUUCAAGGUUAUAGGAUUCCCUUUAAAGACAACCCUCCAUCAUGCCACCACUUGGUUAAAAAUAAUUUUUCCCCUACAGAAACAUCGCUAGUAAGAUUAGCUAUAAACGAUUUGUUAAGGUCCGGAACCAUACUCAAAUCUGAGUCAAGGCCCGAACAAUUUAUCUCUCCAUGUUUCCUAGCAGAUAAAUCCAGCGGUGGAAAAAGGUUUAUUUUAAAUCUAAAACAAUUAAAUGAAUAUGUGGAAUGUCCGCAUUUUAAAAUGGAGGACCUACGAACGGCUAUUAAAGUGACUCACAAAAACGUGUAUAUGUGCACAAUUGACUUGAAAGAUGCAUACUUUUUGGUACCCGUUCACAAUGACCAUCAACCGUUCCUUAAAUUUCAAUUUGAAGGUCAAUUGUACCAAUUUACCUGCUUACCGUUCGGGUUAUGUACAGCUCCGUUAUGCUUCACAAAACUCAUGAAGCCAGUCGUCUCUUUUCUGCGCACUUUAGGCAUCUCUACAGUCAAUUACCUAGACGAUUUCCUAAUAUUCGGAGAUUCCUAUGAAUCCUGUCUUAAACAUGUCAACACAACCAUUUGUCUUUUAAAAUCGUUAGGUCUUAUAGUCAAUAAAAACAAAACCAUCCUAGUACCUACCACUUACAUAAAAUUUCUAGGCUUUAUGAUAGAUAGUGUCCAUUUAAAAAUAGAACUUCCUGACGAAAAGAAGCCUAUCCCUGAAAGCAUAAAGCCAGAUACUUUUUGGUGGACAAAUCAUAUUUCAAAAGCCUUCAAUGACAUCAGGUAUGAUUAUAACAAUUUUUACCGACGCAUCACUUACAGGAUGGGGUGCUGGUUGUGGCCAUGACAGAACCCAUGGAUUCUGGUCUGACUCUCAAAAACGGUUACAUAUAAAUAAUUUGGAAUUAUGGGCUAUUUUGUACGUGAUUCAGUGCUAUGCCAAAAAUUUGAAAAACUGCAAUAUUCUAAUUAGAUGUGACAACACGACAGCUGUUUCAUACAUCAACAGAAUGGGGAGUGUUCAAUUCCCAGACCUCUGUUCGUUGUCAAAACAAAUUUGGCAAUGGUGUGAGCAAAGGAACCUCUGGCUCUUCGCUUCAUACAUUCCUUCGAAGGAUAAUGUUAUAGCAGACACCGAGUCCAGGAGUUCGAAUUUGGAAACGAAAUGGUCGUUAUGUCAAACCGCCUUCGACCGCUUAACCACCGUUUUCGGAAACCUAGAGAUUGAUCUUUUUGCUUCCCAUACAAAUGCUAAAUGUAAGUUAUAUGUCUCCUGGCAUAGAGAUCCAGGAUCUGCAUAUAUUGACGCGUUUACGAUUCCCUGGAAUAGAUUUUAUUUUUACGCAUUUCCACAUUACAACAAUAUAGCAGUUCGUAUAAAUUAUGGUGGGGUUAUUGCUUCAGUAAUGACAUUUCGCUUUUUAAUCCCACAAUCAAAGAAGUGGUGUCAUUCUUGCAAGAAUUGACAAAUAAUCAAAACCUUACGUAUGGUACUUUUAACUCCCAUACAUCUGCCCUUUCAUUAAUUUGCUCAAAGGAUUUAGCCUCUAAUCCGAUAAUUAAACGCUUCAAAAAAGGCAUCUCUCACUUACGGCCUUCACGACCAAAGUAUACUGCCACCUGGGAUCCUAUACCCCUUCUAAAUUAUUUAGAGAAGUUAUCAUCACCGCUUAGUCUUCAAACUCUGUCACAGAAAUUAACGACGUUAUUAGCCCUGAUAACAGGAGAAAAAACUCCAGACGAUAUCUCUUAUACGUCUCUCAAAUAUAAUCCAUGGUCACAGUGAAUCAACUAUUAAUAUAUCGGAUCCAAUUAAAACCAGUAGAGUUGGAAAACCUCAACCCACUCUGCACAUCCCGAUUUUUUCAACAAAACCCUUUCUUUGCGUGGCCACAAUCCUGAAAGAAUACAUUGAUAGAACGGCUUCUUUAAGAGAACCCAAUAACGAUUUCCUAUUUGUGACAGGGAAAAAACCCCAUGGCAGGGCGUCUAAAGACACUUUAAGCAGAUGGGUAAAACAGACCCUUGCCUCUGCAGGAGUAGACAACACUUUUUACGCCUCAUUCAGUAAGGCAUGCGGCGACUUCUGAGGCGUUAAGAAAAGGCGUUUCCGUAGAUAACAUAUGUAAAACAGUUGGUUGGACGCAACGUUCCACGUUUGCAAGAUUUUAUAAUCGUCCUCUACAACCAAACAAUGAGUUUGCAAAUGCAAUCCUAGAUAUAAAAUUGGUCUGAUUAGUUAAGUUCUAAUACUCUUAAGAGUUUGUUACAUGUUUCCUGUGUUUCAGUUGUUUCUCAAAUCAACGUUAUCUUUAGGUUACAAUUUGAGAAUUUAUUUUAUGUUUGUUACAUAGUAAUACUAAAUAUAUGGUUUUGUUGUUUCUGAACACUUUGAUUCCACUUUAUAACACCAUCAGAUCGCUCGCAACUGUGUUCGAUCUUUAAACAUCUACAUAGUAAAUAAACAAAGUGAUGUCUUCGGACUGGACCUAAAGUAUAAUUAAUCGAUCAAACGAACUUACCUUAAGUGAAGUUCGAUCGUAAUUAUACGAGGG